AUGGAUGAAAUCACGGUAGAGAACGUUCAUGAAUUAAAUGCAAAGAUUCGCUCGAUGUCCAAUGUAGCCGAUUACUUUCCAGGGUCAGUGGAAUCUGUCUACGACUUCUUUCCAGGAGGUCUCAUGUGCCAGGACGAUGAAGGAAACGUCGUAUACAUGCAGGCGUUAGCGCUAACCCAUCCGAAAACCCUGAUUAAAUCAGGAGCUGUAAGUGAACUGUACCGGCUAAGCAUCAUCGAGGCUGAGUUGGCAUUCAAACUUGUCAGAAAAGCGGAGGCUGCGACUGGAAAAAAGUUAGGAGCGAAGAUUAUCAUUGAUUUGGACAACUUUAGCAUGGAUGUUCUUUAUCCGCCAGCUCUCAACAUCUACCUCAACCUGCUCACAUUACUUCAGGCUCUGUUUCCUGACUUCGGCCGGACAUAUUUACGUCAUCAACAGCCCUUUGAUGAUCAAAACCGUUUACGCAAUGAUACAGCCGGUGUUGUCAAAGCAAACGAAAGAGAAGGUGAUGAGAGCCACUUCUCGCUUUUCUGCGUAACAUUUCUGGGUAGUGACUGGAAAGAAUUUCUCGUCAAAGAGCUAGGAGAGCACAACAUCUAUCGCCAUUGGGGUGGAAGCAAAGCAUCUGAUCUUCCUACGGGAGAUGUUCGAAUGGGUGGAAAAGUUCCCGAGAAAUUGCAGUAUAAAGCGGAAGAUAACGUCGACGACGAUAGACAGGGAUUUACUAAGGUUACCGUAGCAGCGCGGUCUAAAGCGGAGGUGAGGAAUUUGCAAGGU